AUGCAAGAAUUCCAUGAGCAUUCCAUUUUCGAUGUGAAAGAAAUUGAGAAAUUUCAUUACAAGUUCAAUUUUUAUUCAGUAUUUGCUAUAGCAACUGCUCUCUACAACAUUCCAACAGUCUUUAUUCUUCUGAAAAUGAUAUAUUUCUACAUUAAACAUAAAAACAGAUCUCAUGCAAAUACAAUGCAUCCUGCCAUUUUUCGACAGUUCAUUUUGAUGCAAACCGCCUGUCUUUUCCACGUUUUCAUCAAAUUUGUGGUAUUUCGAAUACCAGCUACCGGGCUUUUAACAUCAUGGUGUGCUACUCAAAAACCUGAGCGAUUUUUGAGAUUGGCGGUUUUUCUGAAUUAUGGAAUUGGUUACGCAAAAGAUGUGGCUAUUAACGGAUCUGAAAUUUAACGAAAAAAACAUUUGAGGGCUUUGGAGAAGAGUUCCUCCAUUAUCAUCGGCUAUUCACUUGCAUAUUUGACUCCCAUCUUUAUAUUAUUCGGUUUUGCCCUGGCUAUUCCAAGAUAUUUGAAUGAAGCCACAUGUGCUCAACUUGUUUCUCCAGUUCCAUUUGGAUCAGUAUCUAGUAUGUCAUUAAUAGAUCAUGAUACUGAACAAACAGAUUUGGCUACUGUAAUCGAAUUUACUGCUCAACCAAUCACGAUUAUUAUAAUCAUUUUGCUCAACUGUAUGAUGUUUCAAAAACUUCGACAUAAGAAAGCAUUAAGUACGUCUGCGAAUCAAAAAAUGAAUAAUAUUGCUGAAAGAGUGUUGACAGUAACCAUGGUAUUGAUACUUUUACCUUUAAUCGUAAAUAUUACAAUUUCUAUUCUGGAAUUUUUCGAUUAUUUUCAUUAUUUGUUGUACUUGCUGAGAGAUGUCAGCAUUGAUUCUCAAUCUCUCGUAAUUACGUGGUACUUUUAUUUAACACAUCCAGUUUUGAACAAGAAAACUUCGAUUCUUAUGGUUAAAACGAGCCUUGUUAGUAAAAAUUAUUGA